GUACUCGGCAGUAAGCAAUAAGUCUUGAAAACUAAGAAUAAAAUAGUAUCAGAGUAAAACAUUAUCUGCCUUAAAUCCAGCGGUAUUUUCAGAUUCCUGUUUUUAUAGACAUGUUGUGUGAUCUUCAAGCUCGACUUGUGACGUCCUUAUAAAUGUACGUACUUCUCGCGGGUCGGUGACUAGCGGCGUUACUUUACUGUGACAUCACAACCCACCAAUCAACCAGAGCUCGGUAAUUCUUCCAUCUACAAUAUCACUUCGGUGAACGGUAGAAGCUAUCGCUCGCGAAGAGAAACGACAACUUGACUGGAGAUUACUCUACGAAUUAGUCGUGUUCCGUAUCUGAGAAAAUAUCGCAAUGGCAACGAGACGACUUGCGAUGAACACCGCUUUGCGCGGGGGCAGUUCUCGAGCUCCCGUAGCUCCCCGUCUACUUCGAGCUUCAUUCAGCACAAUUCUUCGAACACCACGAAUUCCGACGACAAAAACAGCGACAAUAUUACGACCUCAAUUAACCCGCCGCACCGUCCCCGCGAGUAUCCGAUGGUCCUCAGAUUCGGCGCCCGAGAGCAGCAGUAGGAUAUGGUCUUUUGAGGAGAUAAACAAAACCCUCACCUCCCCACCCUCAAACCCCAAAGUAAAAGCAACCCUAAUCGACGCGCGCGAGCCCUCCGAACUAGCCCAAACAGGCCGAAUCCCAGGUGCCUUAAACAUCCCCGUAUCCAGCGCACCCGAGAGUUUUUUCCUGUCCGCGGAUGAAUUCUACGAUCGAUACGGAUUCGAACGACCGGGAGUUAGAAAGGGAGAGGAGGGGGAAGGUGGGGAAGAGGAGCAAUUGGUUUUUUACUGCAAAGCUGGUGUGCGGAGUCGUGCGGCUGCUACGCUUGCUAGGGAGGCUGGGUAUACGAAUAUUGGCGAGUACCCUGGGAGUUGGUUGGAUUGGGUUGAGAAGGGUGGGAAGAUUGAGCGAUGAGGGGGUCUACAGAUGUGAAAUUAACAUCUAGCUCUGUACUAUUUGUCCCAUACUGUAUUCUCUUAAAGUGACUGAGAGUCUUAAGGGGAAAAAGUGACAAAUUGAAAGUAAAUUCGGCUUCAUUACAUCAGUACAGAAAGGUAUCAACCAGCUAGCUAGUAGUGCACAUAACACUAUAUCGUCCAGAACCUGCCAAACGCCGGAAAGCCGUUAUACUAGCUUCAACAUACACGCCAUCUAUAGGCGAACGCGCGCUCUCUUCACAUGUCACUCCCAUCAUCUCUCCCCUCUCUUCAGACGUAAUCAUACACAACGACCCCUUAAAAGAACCUCGGCGGCGUAUCAGCGGGCGGCUGGUCCCCUCCCGCAGCCGGCGGUGUAUCUCCCUCCGGACCACCCGAAACCGGGCUUCCAGCCGCGAAAAACAGG